AUGAUAGAAAAUAGUAAUCAGACAAAGGAAGACAUUGAUGAGAAUGAUAUUGAAGAAAACAUCAAUCAGGUGGCUAAAGCAGCAGAUCUAUCUCCUAAACAAAUAGAAGCUAUGAAGAAGAAACAAGUAGGGAUGAGGAAAAAGAAAAAGAGUGGUAUCUCAUUGUUGGUUACUUUAGUCUAUGCUAAAUAUAAUGCAAAUGAAAGGGUGGUACUUUGGGAUUCAUUAACUGAUCUGUUAGAUUCCUAUCAAGUACCUUGGCUUAUAGGAGGGGAUUUUAAUGUGAUUAGAAGUGAAGAAGAAAAGAUAGGGGGUUUACCUGUUACUUUUAAUGAAAUUCAUGACUUUAAUCAGUGGAUCAACUUACGUAAUGUGGAAGAAAUCCAUUUUAAAGGGAGUAAAUUCACUUGGUGGAAUGGGAGAACAGAUGAGGAUUGCAUUUUCAAGAGGUUCGAUAGGGUUUGGUGCAAUGAUAGAAUGCAACAUAUGUUUCAACAGAUGGAAGUGGAGCAUCUAGUUAGGAGUGGAUCAGAUCAUUCUCCUAUGCUAAUUCAGUGUAAAACAAACAAUGAGCAGAUUGUUAAAUCUUUCAAAUUUCUAAAUUUUUGGUUAAAAGAGGAAGCAUGUUUGGAGAAAAUUACUACACUGGAGGAUAUUAUCAAGGUAAGAGAAAAACAAUUGGAGGAGGAUCCUAGUGGACUGAAUAGACCUAAUUUUUUUAAAGCUCAUGCUGAACUGAAUAUGCAAUUAAAAAGGGAAGAAGAUUACUGGAUACAAAAGGCUGGGAAUGAAUGGUUCAAAGAUGGAGAGAAAAAAACCAAUUUUUUUCACACUAUUGUGAAAGAAAGGAGAAGCAGGCUCAGGAUCAGUAAGAUACAGAAUGAAGAUGGACAAUGGUUGGAAGAAGUACCAGAUAUUGCAGAAGCUACAGUUAAUUUUUUCCAGAAAUAG